CGUAUGGGCGAUUGAACAAGGCCAUGCACAUAUAAAUUACAGAAAAUGGUUAACUUACUGGGUGAUCUUCAACACUUUUCCUUUUCUUGAAUAUUUUUUGCUGAACCUCGAGUCUUCAACAUGGAGAAUUUACUGGCUUUGGAAGUGCGCAGUGAUCAUCAUGUGUUUUCUACAUCUGCCCGAAAAUGUAUACGUUCUUCUGAUCAAACCAUUCCUUGAAAACUACCAGGUUCCGAUUGAUAAUCUGCUGACGUCUGCAGCUCAAUCUGCUGAUAAUGGAACGCCAAUUUUUGUGCUGAUAUUUUGUGCCUGUGUGUGGGGAUUUAGGUCUCUCUGCAAUGGACUUGGCUUCCUGUAUCCAGCUUACAUGUCCAUGGUGACUCUUUUGAGCGGACCGGAGAUGGACAAAAUGUACUGGCUGACAUUUUGGGUGGUCUACAGCAGCUACAACAUUGUGGAUUAUAUUCUUGGUGGCCUUCCAUUGUACUAUCUGACAAAGUUCCUUCUUCUUGGAAUCUAUAUGCUGGAGCCACAAAUUCAGAAGGAGAUUUACAUCCUUGGGCAGAAACUCAUCCUGAAACAUAAGCCACUGAGUCGUGCUUACAGAGUAAUCAAACACUUUGUCCAGGCUUUUCUGACUUCUCACCCUGCCUCUAAUGUGGCCAGAGUUCACCAGAUGGAGCGUCCGUCAUCAGGCACUACUUAUGUUUGGAAUCUUGCUGCAAGCAGGAAUAAGAAUACUGCAGUUAAAGGUCAGCAAGCAGUUGUGGAUCCAUCAGAGAUUACCCUUCAGAUGUCAAGUCCUCUGGUACAGGCUGUGAUGGAACUUAAUGUGGAAGUGGAUUUGAUCAAAAAGGCAAUAACACAGAAACUUGCCCAAGAGGGGCCCGGCCAGAACUUCACAAGCGUAGAAGCUCUACUGGAAGCUGUAUUUGAUCUUUCUACAUGCAAGGAGGGAGAUGAGGAUGGCAGUUCAGUGGAUGAAGUGAGCUAUCAAAUUGGAAUGAAAAACCCCUUGCACAUUCCCCAUUCAUUCAACAGUGACAACUAUAGCCAAGUUGUUCCUACGAAGGUCAUUGAAGAAAAUCGGCAGCUAAAGGAACAACGUUUAUGCAAGAUUUGCAUGCUGGAGGAAGUAGAAGUGGUAUUUGUACCAUGCGGCCAUCUUGUAUGUUGUCAUGAUUGCUCCUUUAAGCUGAGCUUAUGUCCUAUCUGCAGAGCUGAGAUAGAGAGCUCCAUGCGAGCAUACAUGUCAUGA